UCGGGCCUUGGGUCCAGAAUUUGGCGGCAGCAUUGGCUUCCUGUUUUAUGUGGCCAAUGUGCUGGGCUGUGCCCUGUAUGUAGUUGGUUUUGUGGAAGGUGUUCUGCAGAAUUUUGGGGAAGGAGGGAGCUUCAUGUCUGAUGGAGAGGGACUUCCAGUGACCUCUGAAUGGUGGAGGUAUUUGUACUCCACGGUCUCCCUGUUUAUCUGUCUGCUCAUCUGUAUUGUUGGAGGUGGUUUGUUUGCCAAGACAUCAGCGCUCAUUCUUUUGGUGGUUGUACUGGUGACAUUGUCAACCUUUGUCAGCUUUUUUGUUAAAAAUUACCAAAUUGAAGUCGCUUUGCCAAAAACCAACCAUUAUGCUUGGGGCAACAGAACCGAUGCCCCAACAGGCAACUAUACAGGCUUGCGUGCUGAGACAUUCAGGGAAAAUUUAUUUCAUAACUACACUGUAGACUACAGCACCGGCAAUGUAAUGAACUAUGCAACAGUGUUUGCCAUCUUGUUCAGUAGUGUCACUGGAAUCCUGAACGGGGCAAAUAUGUCAGGUGAGCUCAAAGACCCAUCCAAAGCCAUCCCCAAGGGAACGAUGUAUGCUGUAUUGUUUACUUUCUGCACUUACGUGGUUCUGUGCACACUUAUAGCUGGCUCGUGCUCCAGGUACCUGCUGGUCAGUGACUACAUCUUUCUACAACAGGUCAGUGUGUGGAAGCCUCUGGUGGUCAUUGGCAUAUUUGCCUGCACCCUGUCUGCAGCUUUGGGAAAUCUCAUUGGUGGAUCCAGAAUCCUCCAAGCCCUGGGAAAUGACCAGUUAUACUGGUUCCUCCUCAAACCUGCCACCAUGACUACAAAAAGCGGCAACCCCCUGAUCAGUGUUUUCAUGACUUGGUUUUUUGUUCAGUUGAUUCUGCUGAUUGGAUCCCUGAACGCAAUAGCUCCAAUUACCUCUGUUUUCUUCCUUUUAUCGUAUGCAGCUAUCAAUCUGGCAUGCCUUGCCCUGGAACUGGCUUCUGCCCCCAAUUUCAGGCCCACCUUUGUGUACUUCUCCUGGUACACCUGCCUCUCCGGACUCAUUGGCUGCAUGAUCAUGUGUUUCCUCAUCUCCGCCGUCUACUCAAGCAUCUCGCUGGUCAUCAUGCUGGUCCUGGCUAUCAUACUGCACUUCCGCUCGCUGCCCACCAGCUGGGGCUCCAUCAGCCAGGCCAUCAUCUUCCAUCAGGUUAGAAAGUAUCUGUUGAUGCUGGAUUCCAGGAAGGCACAUGUCAAAUUCUGGAGGCCUCAGAUACUUCUGAUGGUUGCCAACCCCAGGCAGAGCUGCGAACUGAUGGACUUCUGCAACGACAUCAAGAAAUCUGGCCUGUACAUCAUUGGCCAUGUGAAAAUUGGGCGACUGGAAGAUUUCCCUGUAGAUCCCGUCUUGGAAGCAACAUCACAAUGGCAGAAACUGGUCAGACACAUGAAGAUCAAGGCAUUCGUAGAACUGACUUUAGCUAGUUCUGUGUCUGAAGGAUUCCAGCAUUUGGUGAGACUCUCCGGGCUGGGCGGCAUGAAGAUUAAUACAGCUUGCUUUGGGUUCUUUGAUGAAAGUGUGCCCACUGACUCCCUUCUGAAGCUGAAAGUCAAGAGAAGGUUUCUUGGUGUUGUGGAACAAGGACUGAUGUCAGAUAUCGAGUCAUCAUUUGAGUCUCCAAGAACAGACGCUAACAAACACCUGAGUGCGUAUGAAUAUGUCAUGCUGCUUCGGGACGCCAUUAAAAUGCAGAAAAAUGUGUUUUUGUGUCGAAAUUUCCAGCUGCUAAACAAAGAAUCCAUUUUGAAACCACCAUUCAAGUCUUACAUCGAUGUUUGGCCUGUGAAUUUCUUCCGCCCCGAGACAGCCAGCUUUUUUGACAAUACGUGUCUGUUCAUGUUACAACUGGCAUGUAUACUUAAUAUGCAGGAUCGAUGGAGCACCCACACAGAAUUGCGGGUUUUUCUUUGUGUGAAAGUGCUUUCUGAACGCACAGUAGAAAAGCAGAAAAAACUGGCAACAUUUCUCAAAGAGCUUAGGAUUCAAGCCAAAAUUGUGACUGUGUCAUUUGAGCAUUUGUACCAACAUCUGGAUGCAGACUUUGGGGCAGCAGGACCUAGGUCAGCAAAUGAUGGUCAGGCAGUGAUGGACGGUGAAGAUGAAGACAUUCAGAUGAGUGAAUAUGUCAGAGUACCUGAUGGGUACAUGAAAGCAGUGAAUACUUUAGUGCAGGCAAAUUCAAACCGCUCUGCUGUGACAUUCCUGUAUCUUCCGCGCCCUGGAGCGGAACUACAGGAUCCAAUUGUCUACUUACACCAGCUGGCUGCUCUCUCCGACUGGGCCCGGCCUACAGUGUUUGUCCAUGGCUUGCAUCCGGUGACAUCCACAACUUUAUAA